AUGGCUAGCAAGAUCAAGGUCAUCUUGAACCCCAAGUACCAGCGCAAUGGCACCAAGUCCUACGUGCACGCGCUACGCAAGUUCGGCUUUGAUCCUACCCUGGAGGGCCCCUACUUUCAUGUCAACCGCGUCAGUCAGCGAGGCAAGUUCACUACUGCCGAAAAGAGACCCAUCGGUGGUCGCACCCGCAUCCAUCGCGUCUUGCAGAAGAAAACAGACGGCCAGACCGGUGAUGUCCCCGCCGACGAUAUCCAGAAUGACACCGAGUACCUCGCUCAGGUCGGCAUCGGCACGCCUGCUCAGACUCUGAGCCUGGAUUUCGACUCUGGUUCCUCUGACCUUUGGGUAUGGUCCACUGAGCUGCCAUCCAGCGUUCAAUCCUCUGGAUCUAGCCACACCAUUUUUGACCCUUCUAAGUCGAGCACUUGGAAGGUCUCUUCCGGGGAUACUUGGAAAAUCUCCUACGGAGACGGCUCCUCUGCCUCUGGUAAUGUUGGCACUGAUGUUCUCGAUCUGGGCGGCCUGAAGAUCCAGAAACAAGCCAUUGAACUAGCCAAGGAACUGUCGUCGGAAUUCCAACAGUCAGAAGGAGACGGUCUGCUGGGCCUCGCAUGGGACAGCAUCAACACCGUCCAGCCUUCAGCAGUUAAAACGCCAGUGGAUAACCUUAUUUCCCAGAACUUGAUCCCCACGGAUGCACAGCUGUUUACUGCUCACUUGGGUGAAGCAGCCAUUAAGAAUGACAACUCUUUCUACACCUUUGGUUACAUUGACCAGGAUACUGUCAAUGCCACAGGCGGCCAAAUCACCUACGCAGCUGUCGACAAUAGCCAGGGCUUCUGGACCUUCGAUUCGACUUCCGCUACAGUGAAUGGCAAGACUAUCACCCGCUCUGGCAACACCGCUAUUGCUGACACGGGAACUACUCUUGCUCUCGUUGACGACGAUACCGUGAAGGCGAUCUACGAUGCUAUCCCGAACUCCAAGUACGACAGUUCCCAGCAAGGUUAUGUGUUCCCUACAAACACACCCGCCGACCAGCUUCCUACUGUCACUUUUGCGGUUGGUGACACCCAAAUUGCAAUUCAGAAAUCGGCUUUCAGCUUUGCCGAUGCUGGCUCCGGAUACACCUAUGGUGGCAUCCAGUCUCGCGGCUCAAACCCCUUCGAUAUUCUAGGCGACACCUUCUUGAAGGGAGUUUACGCGGUUUUCGACGUGGGCAAUGUGCGAUUUGGCGCUGUUGCACGGCCUGAAACGACCUCGUCUUCUUCUUCUUAG